GAGAAAUCACGUCAGAUAAUGCCGAAGAAUGUAGGCUAUUGAAGAAUGUGAUUUCACUGAUCCACUAGAGAGGAAAACAAAUAGUUUUCAGCAUAAAUGGAGGAGAUUAUGCUUAUUGACUAUGAAGAUUAUAAUGUGGGGAAUGACACCACUGAAACUGCAAGCGAGGUGGUGGCUUUCCAAAGCCACAGGUCACAUAUGACGGACAUCCUCCUGGUGGUGAACAGUGCCAUCUGCCUGCUGGGGGUCAGCGGGAAUGGCGCCGUCAUCUGGAUCGCCGGCUUCAGGAUGCGGAGAACUGUCACCACCACCUGGUACCUGAGUCUGGCCGUGUCAGACUUCCUGUUUUGCAUGUGCCUGCCCUUCAGUGUGGUGUUCAUGGCCACGUCACACUGGCCGUUUGGCUCCGCCAUGUGCAAGCUCACCUCCUGCAUCCUCUUCCUCAACAUGUUCAGCAGCAUCUUCCUCCUGGUCCUCAUCAGCGUGGAUCGCUGUGCCUCAGUCACGUUUCCAGUGUGGGCACAGAACCACCGCAAGGUCAGGAAGGCCUCGGUCGUGGUCAUUCUCGCCUGGGUGGCAUCUGCAACCUUGAGCAUGCCCUCUAUGUUCUUCCGUGAGGUCAAGGUUCACGGGAAUGGAACCCUUUGUUUCACUAACUACCAUACUCCCUCCGCUCACGGGGCGGUGGCUCUGAGCCGCUUUGUGUGUGGGUUUGCUGUGCCAUUCCUUGUCAUUGUCUCCUGCUACUCCAUCAUCAUCCAGAAACUGCGUGGCCACCGGGUCACAAGGUCUCCCAAACCUUUCCGGGUGGCGUCCGCCCUCAUCGCGGCUUUCUUCAUUUGCUGGCUGCCUUACCAUGUUUUUGUGCUUCUGGAGAUAAACCACACGCAGCACAGUGUCCAGGUGAUGAAGGUGGGCCUCGAGAUGGGCUUCACCUUAGCUGCUGCCAACAGCUUCCUGAAUCCCAUCCUGUACAUGUUCAUGGGUGACAACUUCCGACAGAAGCUCAGGUGCUCCUCCAUGCUGUGGCGGAUCGAAAAUGCGAUGGGCGAGGAUGGAAAUGCCAGCACCCGCUGUGUCUCUAGAUCAGCCUCUAUGGAUGGCAAAGCUACCCUGUAUGUCUGAGGAUCUCCACAGAGACAGCACUCAGAACAGCAAUGUGUCCUGUCAGUUUCCUGAAACUGAGUACAUUUGUGUCAUGUCUCAUCAGUGUGUUCAAUGGCUCCUUUACAUUCUUCCUUAACUUAGAACUUGUUCAUUUAGGCACCUGUGCAGUGUACUAACAAUACCUCAUGCAAGGAAUGUACCAGUUUCACAGCAGAAGUCUUCAAUGUCUAAAUAUUCCUUCAAUGCAGCCAUUACUGAAACUGUGCAUUGGUUUGCUUGGUUAAAUUUGUUUAUGAGGCAGAAGAUUUGAUGUGUGUGUGCAUUUGCAAGCACCAAAAGUGUAAAAGAUAGAAUACGGAA